CAGCACAGCAUCAGCCAGCCAGCAGCAGCCAGAUGCCGGCUCUUGACUCCGGCUGGAGGUUGGGGGCCCAAAUUGAGGGACGAUCGAGGAUGAUGAUUGCGUCUCUUCCUUCCUCAUUCCUAGAUUAUUAGUAUUAUUAUUAUUAUUAGACAGAGUUUUCGAGUGGAUAAGUAAAGAAGAGGUCAUGAUGAUUUCGACGGGGAUCAAUCUGGUGAUGACGGUGAUCGGAUUCGCCGUGAGUACGAUGUUCAUAGUGUUCGUGUGCACGAGGCUAAUAUGCGCCAGGAUUCAAUUGCGGGCCUCUAGGAGGAAUUUUCCGACCGCCUCCAGAUCCGAUCUCAGCGUCCUUGAACGUGGGCUUAAUGGAUUGGAACCGUUUGUCGUAGCAAGCUUUCCGACAAAGGAAUUUGGCAACCAUUUCUCAUCUGGUCAUGAUACUCAAGAUACCCUGUGCACCGUAUGUUUGGCGGAAUAUCAAGAAAGGGACAUUUUGCGCAUUCUUCCUUACUGUAGACAUGCUUUCCAUGUCACCUGUAUAGAUAUUUGGCUAAAGCAACAUUCAACAUGCCCUGUAUGUAGAAUAUCUUUACGUGAUUCUCCGGAUCGUAAAAGGGCAAUGCAACCAGUCUACAGUGAAGCUAUCAGAUCUCGAGAAAACUUUGAGUUGGAUUCUUACUACUAUUUGUAUGCAGACCAUAACUAUUCUGAAACAAUAGAAGGUAGCCAGAGAGCAGGAUAUAUUCAAGAGAACCAGUUCAGCUCGGAACAAUCUGAAGCAUCUGAGCCAGAGGUUGAUUGCAGUGUUAAGAUUGAUUGUUACCAUGAAAAUAAGGACAAGCUCAUAGAGAGCCCAUCAAAUACAUAGCAAUCCAAGGGUGUAGAGGUUGAAGUUGGCUUCUUGAAUCAGACUCUUUGCAGGUUGAGUGGGGGAAAAAGAACUCUUAAAAAUUGAUAUCAAGAUGCUGCAACUACCUGUAAUGAGUGGAAUUUCCUGUUCCCCAUGGUUCGCUGUAAAUAUUACAUUCCUUGUUAAUCCGUGGAGUGCAAGAGUCUGGAUCAUAAUUUUAAUUCACCUCCGCAGCCAAGAUUUAACAAUUUCAUGCGUGCUUUGACUUCAUCCAAAUCCUUUCCGUCUUGGUUCAAAGUUCGAUGGAAUCUGAUUCAGUCAAAUCCUUUCUUGAUCUUGCAGUUUAUCCCUGGCAGUAGCGCCACUGUUUCAUUCACAGUUCUGCCUAAAAAUGAGAUAGGUUGCAGUUACUUGGUUUCAUAUCAGCAAUCUCCGGCAGGGAUGAAAAGAGUCAUCAGUUAUGUAAGCAUAUGCUCGCAUGAUGCUCGAUCUUGAAAGCAGAUGGUAAAAGGUAUAAUCAAAACCGUUCCUUUUUAUCGCAAUGCUUGUUUUGUCGUAUCAUGGGAACUUCGGAACUUCUGGCGGUGCGUUAUGUUUCUUACCAUCUACGACUUUUUUAUUCUUUAAAAUCUGAUUUUGCCAGAUAUGCCUUCGACUAGGAAAAAAAAAAUGUAUUCUUCUGUGGGUUUUCACCAUAAUCUGUCAGCAUACCAUGAGCUUGAAGCCACCCCUCGCCCCCAUAAUUGAAAGUGUGGUCCUAGGCAUAAUUAAUACUCGCAAGAGAAUCAGAUUAGGGAGCUCGUCUUUUUUGGCGAUAUGUAUACACGGUUUCAUAUAUAUAUAUAUAUAUAUAUGUCUGUU